GCGACUUCAGGAAGGAAAGCUGUCAUCACCGUUAUGUUCACUGCUGCAGACCUGUCCUCUGCAUCUCCCACAAUAUUUCCCCCUCACACCCUGUCAGCCUGACUUUUUUUUGACAAAUCUGCAUCUCUCAGUUUGUCUGUUUAACGAGUUUAUUGGCCAGUUGUCAUUUUGCUCGCAGCCUCUUUAGCCUAUCUGCGUUGACAACAAAAAACUCUUCCAUACCUCUAAGAUGCACCUGAAUAGGUGAGGUGUGCAUCCAACACACAGGGAGAUAUCACCUGUUUUUUUUUAAGAGCGCGCCUUUCUCUCCGGGUGACCACUCUUUUUUGGCAGAUCACCCUCCGAUGCAAUUAACUCAGGAAGAAGACUUUGUCAAGGGGGACUCAACGCCGACCACCGCAGCUCUUCAGUCCGAGGGCAGCGCCGGAUCACCGGUCAAAAUGUGCAGUGAAUGUUACGUGAAUCAGACAUUUGUGCACGAUGAUGGGACCGUGAACAACCACAAGCCACGCUCCUCUCCAGCACCACUCCAGACCAACAUCAACAGCAGCGAGGUUAUUUUAGACAUCUCCACUCUUACGAUGGAGCAGCAGGAGAGUGAGGAGGUGCCUCCGCUGCCUCCCCGCUUUCGCUUCAGAGACCUACUGCUCGGGGACCAGAGCUUCCAGAAUGAUGACAGAGUGCAGGUGGAGUUUUAUGUGAAUGAAAACACCUUCAAGGAACGUCUGAAGCUUUUCUUCAUCAAAAACCAAAGAUCAAGCCUUCGGAUUCGUGUGUUUAACUUCUCCCUGAAGCUGCUCACCUGCCUGCUGUACACCAUCCGAGUGGUGACCGAUAACCCAGGUCAGGGUGCCAGUGCCAGUCACAGCGCAGGACAGCAGAACGCUCCCAGUGGCAACAACAAAUGUGUCGACUGCCAGUGGAACGGAUCCAUGCAGGACAGAGAAAUUAACUGGGAUUUGAUCUUCUGGGUGGAUAGAAAGGUUCCUGUCUGGGCCAUUCAAGUGAUUGUGGCCAUCAUUAGUUUCCUGGAGACUAUGUUACUAAUGUAUCUGAGCUACAAGGGGAACAUCUGGGAGCAGAUAUUCCAGGUGUCCUUUCUUCUGGAAAUGAUCAACACAGUUCCUUUCAUCAUUACGAUCUUCUGGCCCUCAAUAAGAAACAUCUUCAUUCCCGUGUUUCUCAACUGCUGGCUGGCUAAGUGUGCUUUGGAGAACAUGAUCAAUGAUGUCCACAGAGCAAUCCAGAGGACCAACUCAGCCAUGUUCAACCAGGUCCUCAUUCUGAUCUGCACCCUGCUCUGCCUGGUCUUCACUGGCACAUGUGGAAUCCAGCACCUGGAGCGAGCAGGCAAAAAUCUCUCCCUCUUUAAUUCCUUCUACUUCUGCAUCGUCACCUUCUCCACCGUGGGCUUUGGAGACGUCACCCCCCGCAUAUGGCCCUCCCAGCUACUGGUGGUUAUCAUGAUCUGUGUGGCUCUGGUGGUGCUGCCUCUGCAGUUUGAGGAGCUGAUGUACCUGUGGAUGGAGAGACAGAAGUCUGGAGGGAAUUACAGCCGCCACAGAGCGCAGACGGAGAAACACGUAGUGCUGUGUGUCAGCACACUAAAGAUAGACCUGCUCAUGGAUUUUCUCAAUGAAUUCUAUGCCCAUCCUAGACUGCAGGAUUACUAUGUAGUGAUCCUGUGUCCAAGUGAAAUGGACCUCCAGGUACGGAGAGUGCUCCAGAUCCCUCUGUGGUCUCAAAGGGUCAUCUAUCUGCAAGGAUCUGUUCUCAAAGACCAGGACCUGCUAAGAGCCAAAAUGGAUGACGCAGAGGCUUGUUUCAUUCUAAGCAGUCGUAACGAAAUGGAUCGCAUGGCUGCGGACCAUCAAACCAUCCUGAGAGCCUGGGCAGUGAAGGACUUUGCUCCAAAUUGCCCCCUUUAUGUCCAAAUACUUAAACCUGAAAAUAAGUUCCAUGUAAAAUUUGCAGAUCAUGUUGUGUGUGAGGAGGAGUUCAAAUAUGCCAUGUUGGCUCUCAACUGUGUGUGUCCUGCCACCUCCACCUUGGUCACGCUCCUUGUACACACCUCCCGCGGACGAGAAGGACAACAGUCUCCGGAGCACUGGCAGAGGAUGUACGGAUGUUGCUCUGGCAACGAGGUCUACCACAUCCGAGUGUGUGACAGCAAGUUCUUUGGAGAGUAUAACGGCAAAAGCUUUACAUACGCCUCCUUUCAUGCUCACAAGAAGUACGGCGUGUGUCUCAUCGGUAUAAAGCGGGAAGACAACAAGAGCAUCCUGCUGAACCCUGGCCCGCGCCACAUCAUGGCUGCCACAGACACCUGCUACUACAUCAACAUCACUAAAGAGGAGAACUCAGCUUUCAUCUUCAACCAGGAGGAGAAGAAGGGCCGCCCUGCCGGGGGACGCUAUGACGGACCCUCGCAGCUUCCUGUGCACAGCAUCAUCGCUAGCAUGGGCACUGUUGCCAUGGAUCUUCAGAAUACGAGUCCACCGAGACUGGUCCCACCUGCGUUAAAUGGAACAGAGGGCCGCCGGCCGAGUAUCGCUCCAGUUCAGGAGAUCGCCGACUCCUCCUCAAUUCUGCCAUGUGACCUCCUCAGUGACCAAUCAGAAGAUGACUCCGUCUUCACAGAUGAAAAAGGCCAUUCAUCUACUGAGUACGUGAAAGGUUAUCCCCCUAACUCUCCGUACAUUGGGAGCUCGCCUACCUUGUGCCAUCUGUUGGCUGAAAAAGCCCCGUUUUGCUGCCUACGACUUGACCAGGGUUGCAGGCACAACAGCUUUGAGGAUGCUAAGGCUUAUGGUUUUAAAAACAAGCUCAUCAUUGUGUCUGCUGAGACUGCAGGGAACGGUCUUUAUAACUUCAUAGUGCCUCUCAGAGCUUAUUACAGACCGAGGAAAGAACUCAACCCCAUCGUCUUGCUGCUUGAUAACUCGCCAGAAAAUCACUUUCUGGAGGCCAUCUGCUGUUUUCCUAUGGUCUACUACAUGGCUGGGACCAUAGACAAUCUGGACAGCCUGCUGCAGUGUGGCAUUAUCUACGCUGAUAAUUUGGUUGUUGUGGAUAAAGAGAGUACGAUGAGUGCUGAGGAGGACUACAUGGCUGAUGCCAAAACUAUUGUCAAUGUACAGACGAUGUUCAGGUUGUUUCCCAGUCUCAGCAUUAUCACAGAGCUUACUCAUCCAUCCAACAUGAGGUUCAUGCAGUUCAGAGCAAAGGACUGCUAUUCACUGGCCCUCUCCAAGCUGGAGAAGAAAGAGCGUGAUAAAGGUUCCAACUUGGCCUUCAUGUUUCGCCUACCCUUCGCUGCAGGGAGAGUAUUCAGUAUCAGCAUGCUGGACACCCUGCUGUAUCAGUCUUUUGUGAAGGACUACAUGAUCCUUAUUGCAAGGCUGCUGCUGGGGCUGGACACCACUCCAGGAUCAGGAUACCUCUGUGCUAUGAAAGUAACAGAGGAAGAUCUGUGGAUUAGUACUUAUGGUAGACUGUUCCAGAAACUCUGCUCCUCUAGUGCCGAAAUUCCUAUCGGGAUCUAUCGGACAGAAUCCCACAUUUUCCCAACUUCUGAGUCGCAGGUGUCAGUCAGUGUUGAUGACUGCGAGGACACCAAGGACAAGGGGGACGAGUCUCGCAGCAAUGACCAAUCAGAUCACCCUCUGCUGAGGAAGAAGAGCAUGCAGUGGGCACGGCGUCUGAGUAAGAAAAGCAUGAGGCGACAGGGAGUGGGCCGCGACUCGAGCAAGGACCACGGCCAGCGCAUCGCUCAGCAGCGCCUCAACCUCUACCGACGCUCUGAGAGGGAAGAGCUGUCUGAGCUGGUCCGCAACCGCAUGAGACAUCUGGGCCUCCCCACCUCCGGAUAUGAAGACCUCACUAAUCUGACAGCCAGCGACGUCAUGAACAGAGUCAAUCUGGGAUACCUACAAGAUGAGCAGAAUGAUCACCAAAACACCUUGUCCUACGUCCUGAUUAACCCUUCUCCUGACACCAGGCUGGAGCUCAAUGACGUUGUGUACUUGAUUCGUUCAGACCCUCUGGCUCACGUCCCAGAGGUGCCUCCUGUCCACAGAAGCAGCCUGAGAGAGACACACGAGUCCAGCAUGGACGCAAGAGAGGACACCCAGCUCUGAUACCAUGAUGACCUUCACUGGUACACUCUUUCAUAAUCACCCCCUUCAGCUUUCAUGGGGGUCUGGUUGCAACCACGCCGGUCCAGUCUAAAAGAGGACAAUUUGUGCUACAAUGUUCCAGCACUGCAGUCUACAACUGUAUUAUAUGAGUGCCUACUGUUUGGCAAGUGACAUUUAACAUCAUCUGUGACGUUUUCAUUCUCUUGCUACAAUGUAAGAAUAGUGCAUUCGUUGCUGUGAAAGCUCUCUCAGAUGAGCCGUCAGGGACACGCUUGUU